GUCAUGGCGGCUGGGACCGCUGCUGAAGAGCCGCUGUGGUCCCGGUGAACAGGAGGCGCCUCCCGGUGAUGGAGAGCCCCCGUACAGCGCCGGUGUGCAGCGGCAGUGUGCUGGCGGAGACCUCUCACACUGUGGCCUUGGACCCUGUGACGAUAGAUGUGGAGGUGACGAAGCCUGUGCGUCCCGGGGAUGACAGCGCCCGGCAGCGAGUACCGGCGGCAGGCGGGCACAGGGAGGCCGAAGAGCUGUCGUCCGUGGCUAUGACUGGGAGCACGGCAGAGAGUGGAGAGACAGGACUGGCUGUGCCCGCUGCCCUCACUCCCGAGGAGCCCAGCAGCAGUGGGCACAGCAUCCCUGCAGGGUCCCAAAGCCUGGACUCCCUGGAGUCCUUCUCCAACCUCAUCUCCUGCCCCAGCUCCGAGCUGAACAGCGAGGGGGCAGAGGAAGAGGACGAUGCCAAGGAGGCGCAGGCUGCCAGGGACAGGUACCCCGGGCAGUCCGUCUACCACAUCAAGUGGAUCCGCUGGAAGGAGCAGAGCACCCCCAUUGUUACCCAGAACGAGAACGGACCGUGCCCCCUGCUGGCCAUCAUGAAUGUGCUGCUCCUGGCAUGGAAGGUGAAAUUACCUCCCAUGAUGGAGAUUAUCACUGUCGAACAGCUCAUGGAGUAUCUGGGAGACUACAUUUUAGAAGCAAAACCAAAAGAGAUUUCUGAGGUUCAGCGGCUGAAUUACGAGCAGAAUAUGAGCGAUGCCAUGGCAAUCCUGCACAAGUUACAGACCGGCCUAGAUGUCAAUGUGAAGUUCACCGGAGUGAGAGUCUUUGAGUACACUCCUGAGUGUAUUGUAUUUGAUCUACUCGACAUUCCCUUAUACCACGGCUGGCUAGUGGAUCCAGAGAUUGCUGAGGUUGGGACGGCCGUGGGUAACUGCAGCUACAACCAGCUGGUGGAGAAGAUUAUUUCAUGCAAGCAAUCAGAGAAAAGUGAGCUAGUUAGUGAAGGCUUGGUAGCAGAGCAGUUCUUAAAUGGGACAGCCACACAGCUGACUUACCAUGGGCUCAGCGAGCUGACCUCAACCCUACAGGAAGGAGAACUAUGUGUAUUUUUCAGGAACAAUCAUUUUAGCACCAUGACCAAAUAUAAGGGACUGCUAUACUUGCUCGUUACGGACCAGGGAUUCCUCACAGAAGAAAACAUUGUCUGGGAAAGUUUACACAAUGUGGAUGGAGACGGAAACUUUUGCGACUCUGAUUUCCACCUAAGACCACCAUCUGACCCAGAAACUGUGUACCAAGGACAGCAAGACCAGAUUGAUCAGGACUAUCUGAUGGCUUUAUCACUACAGCAAGAGCAGCAGAACCAAGACAUUGACUGGGAACAGAUACCAGAAGGCAUCAGCGAUCUUGAAUUGGCUAAAAAACUUCAGGAAGAAGAGGACAGGAGAGCCUCACAGUAUUACCAGGAACAAGAGCAGGCAGCAGCCUCUGCUCCUCAGCCGCCGGGACAGCCACCUCAGGCAGCUGCCAGUCCCUCCAGCGGACGACCGCCGGGGAGCAGUGAGAAAAAGAGGAAAGAGCCGAAAGAAAAGGAAAAGGACAAGAAUUCUUGUGUACUUUUAUAACAGAAAUGAAUGUCCUUUUCUUGUCCCAUGAAGAGGCAUGUCAAUGUAUAGAGAGGAGGAGACACCGGUUCUAAGCCAUCUGUGCCUGAAAACCCCCAGCCGUGUUUCAGUUUGGAAAGGGGGAUUUGUUACAGACCUGUUUAGACUCUGUCAUUAGGAGUUGUGUGAUAAUAUCCCGUGUCCUUGUCCAUCCUUUUGGAACAAGAAGUUACAUCACUACAACUUUUUAAAUAAAGCAUAGCUUCUUCCAUGAUAGUUAGCCAUACAAUAUUGCAGACUGUUGUGACCACUGGAAGCAAAAAAGUGGUGACCCUUUGUCAGGUAAGUCUUAGACCUGGGGAAUAUACUGUAUUACGAAGGAUAUAGGAGUAAGAGGAAGCUAGAUGAAGUAUAAUGUCCAAGCAUGGUUGCACUUUUUACCUUCCACCCUUGUUUCUACAUUGCAGAUCUGGUUGGCCCAAAGUCCUCU